AUGGCUUCGUCUUCCUGCUUUCAGUCUUCCUUUCGGACAAGCUUGCGCACCAUAAUAACUCAGAGUCGACCGCUAUGUCUGCACAGCCAGAGAUUAUCUAGAUAUGCCGUCGGCAGCAGACGGACCAUCAGCAGCUAUGGUUAUACCCAGGCAAAGGCCCUCGUCUAUUCCAAAUAUGGGGAGCCUCAAGAUGUUUUGUCUCUGCACCGCCACUCUAUAUCUCCCGCGGCCGGGACCAGCGUCGUUCUUCGCACCCUCGUUGCCCCCAUCAACCCCGCAGACGUGAAUCAGAUCCAAGGCGUGUAUCCUGCAAAACCUGAAAUGACAAUCGCACUCGGGACCUCUGAACCUUCGGCAGUCGCUGGCAAUGAAGGAGUUGCCGAAGUCAUUAGCACUGGAUCUGGCGUCAAGGACCUGAAACGAGGGGACUGGGUCAUCAUGAAGAGUACGGGAAUGGGAACAUGGCGGACACACAUGGCAGUUGAUGAAAGCCAGUUGCUCAAGAUCGACAACAAAGAAGGAUUGACUCCGUUACAGGUGGGAACGGUGUCGGUCAACCCUUGCACCGCCUACCGCAUGCUCCUAGACUUCGCCCAGUGGGGGUUCCGAGGGGACGAAUGGUUCAUUCAAAACGGGGCCAAUAGCGGUGUCGGUCGGGCCGCCAUACAAUUGGCACGAGAAUGGGGCAUCAAGAGCAUCAACGUCAUCCGGGGACGAGAAAACAAAGAGGAGGAACAGAAGCUCCGUCAGGACCUACUGGACCUUGGUGCCACCAAGGUCAUCACCGAGGAAGAACUGACGGGACGGGGGAUCAAGGAUCAAAUCAAGGAAUGGACACAGGGCGGAAGAGAACCGAUCAAAGUCGGGCUGAAUUGUGUGGGGGGGAAAAAUGCAACUGCCCUUGCCAAGUUCCUGAGCCCAGGAGCAGCGUUGGUCACCUAUGGUGCCAUGAGCAAACAGCCUCUAUUGCUUCCUGCCUCGUUGCUGAUCUUCAAGGACAUCAGGUUCAAUGGCUUCUGGGUGAGCAAAUGGAGUGAUCGGCACCCUGAUCAAAAGAAGCAGACGGUUGAUGACGUCCUUCGGCUCACAAGGGAGGGCAAAUUCAAGGACAUCCCGGUGCAAGAAUGCCGCUGGGGGUGGAAGACCGAGGUCGACACACUUAGCAAGGCCGUGCAAGGCACCCUGGGAGGCUUCAGGCCGGGCAAGGGGGUUUUUGUUUUUGAUGAGGCAUAA